UGCACACUUUAAAUCAACUUCUACCUCUACAAUAUAUUGAAGAGGGGAUCUGAUGCAAUUCCUCAAAUGCAGGUACAAAUCUAGUGCUUGGAACACAGCAGCUGGAAGCUGCAUCUGUAAUUUUGUCAUCAAAAUGUUGCAGAUGACAUAGUUGUCAGUGUCACAUGGAACUGCAAGUCGAAAUGUGCAGUCACCUUGGCAUAGCUCAAUUUCAGCUCUCUCCACUGGGGAGUAAUCAUCAAUUCUGUAGACUUCUGUGAACAUGUACAUCACACUGGAUUGACCAGCAGAUAUCUUGUAGUUCUUCGAUGGUCUGAUUACAUGGGAAUCCCACAUUCAGGAAGUUUGAUCUAAUUCAUCCUAGAAUUACAGUUUUCUUUUUUUUUUUUGCAGGAUUUCAGAGAUAUGGUAUUGUGAUCUGUAGGUCUGAGAAAGGUUAUGAUCAUAGGGAUAAAAAUGUCAUGAUCCAUCCAGGAGCCUGUGUAUUUCCCGGUGUUUCUCUGUUUUUCCCUUCCCCGUGUUUCCAUUUUUUUCUCUCCCUUGUGCUUAUGUGUGUGUGUGUGUGUGUGUGUGUGUGCGCGUGCGUGUAUCUCUGGGCUAGCAUUCAAUUUCGGAUUGAAUCAUUAGACCUGCUCCUCAUCAGCUCAUCAAUCAGCAGCAUAUAUAAACCCAUGCUGCCUGUCUGCUCACUCUAUGCUACGGCCAGCACCACCUUGCCUCCCUAGUGGUGUUCACCAGCUCUGCACUCAGCUCAGUAAUGCCCAGCCGGUUAUUCUGACUAUAAGUCUUGCAGUAUUUUCACAUACAUUAUUGACAAGUUUGAAGGAAAAUUAAUAUUUCUGUGUUUUUUCAGCUGAAAAUAAUCAAUAAAUUAUCAUUGUGGAAAAAAGCUAUUUUUAUUUUUUUUUUUUUUUGCUUUCAGUGCAUUCUCCAGAUGUUGCCAUCUCCUUGUAUCUUAAAAAAAACAUAAAUCUCUUAAAACAUAGAUGCAUUGUUCAAACAUCAUGACUUUUAAGGAUGCGUCAUUUUAACAAAGGGUGUUCUAGAAUGUUCUAGAUGUGUUUCAUUUUAUAUACUUUAAAAACAUACAUGCAUGGUGGGUUUGUAAAACUGAUUCAUUAGCAUCAGACGCUUGUCUACAAAACCAUCGUCAAAAAUAUCACAGUCCUUCAUAUCAACAAACAGAGAAAUGUAGAAUUCCAUUGAUUCCUUGUGGAGAAAUCCCCACCUGCUCUCUCUAUUCACUGAUUUGAUUUGUAAUGCUAGCUCCUUCAAUGUAGCUGUCAAACAAACAAGAUGAAAUGAUGUGAAAGUAAAAGUAAAUACAUUGUAGAGUUGUAGUUAAAAACCAUUAAACAUAUCUGAGAUAAAAGGGUACAGUGAGUGCUGGGCCUAUACUGGGCAGUACAUCUCUAUCAAUUACAACUCGAAGGAUCCCAACAUUGUUUUAUCCAUACAUCUUGCAUGUAUUGAGAUGUUACUGGUUGGUGGAAGAAAUAAAAACGUUACUUUUGUUCUGAUUUAUUGGUCAUAUGCUUAAUCAUUUACCCCUUAGGUCAGGCAUACAGUCAUCCCAAAUAAAACGUUGUUCAUUUACAGCUUAAAUAUUUAAAAUGAGAAAUAUCGUUAUGUGCUGUCUUGAUGGUCAUUUACACUUUUUAUCUUUAGGCUUGCGGGCGCAGUACUUUAGAAGAGUGAUUGAAUGCAUUUAAUUCCGCGUCGUGGUGCUAUAUGUUUUAGCGGCUAUUUCACACUUUCAGAUAUGAAGGAGCAAAGUGCAGGUGUGCGACUCCCUCAGAUGAUUCCAUUCAGCGCAGCGGAUCACUGGAACACACCAGAGUCGGUCUGAAGUUGGGGUCUGUUGUCGCCAGAUUCAAACCGAUGAUGCGUGUCACUGUGUCAGAGCGCGACUCCUCGCCAGCUCACCUCGCUAUGUGACAGCGACUCAGCCGUCUCCUGCAGCUCAGGAAACGACUUACGCACAGAGUCGUUGGCUAUCUGAGAUGCUACUUUGUUUGGUCAGUUGGGGACAAAGUGUCACAUGGUGCAUUGCCGCCUCCACUAUUUACGUCGAUGUUGUACCUCGCGGACGCGUUGCGUUGAUUUCUGAGGACGUGCACAAGCGACAUUCCAAGUGACCGCAGGAUAUGCGCGGCGGCCAUCUUGCAUAUGCGUAGUGAACAGCAAGUAUAAAUAAUCUUUUAGGCUAUAGGCCCCAGUAAAUGAGCUCAAUCUGCUGUAAAACUAACCGAGAUUUCGCGUGGUUCCCCACCAGCGCUUCGUCAUACCAAUGAGAGGCGCGCACGCGCGCUCACGCGUAGCAUUGACGUGGUCAUCAACCGCUGGAUUUAGCGCAGCGCGCACGUUUACCGUCUUCCAAACUGAAUACCAGGAUUUACAAAAAUAUGUAACAAUAAUACUAGGAACAUAAUAACGCUUCUUCACUUGUGACCUCGUUUUCCCAUCCAUGUCUCGCCUUUCGCGACUGUGUCCUGUGAUAAUUUAUGGGUGAGGGAGGUUUAUUCUGGAGAACCGCUUUCUAUCUUCGGCCUUGUUUCCUACCCCUUUAUUUAUUUUUAUUUUUUAUUUUUUACCCUGGGUUACUGGAAGACGGCGAAAACGCGAUGGAUGCCCGUACGCGCUAAACGAAAGGAUCCAAGUGCCGGUUCUUCUUUUCACUGACUUUGCGGUUUUAAAAACCCAUUCGGUUCUUCUGUUGAGAAAGCUUUUCUGAAGCUUCUUCUGAUGUAUUCUUGUGUGCUCGUUUUCUUUGCCCACCACACUGAAUUGCUUUUUUUUUUUAAAGACUGUCACGAAUAUAUGAGGAAGAAAACCCAAAUCCACAGACGUCUAUUAAAACAUGGCAUUUAAAAUAGCGUCUUUGGUAAAUAGAAUCGUUUCCUGCAUCCCUUCGUGAUCUCCGCUGUAUUGGCAAACUGGGCGAGACGUAAAGAGCGCGCGUACUGUGCCAUUUUUGCGCCCGAAGAAACUGUACUUCAGGACUGGACAUGUUGACAGUAACGUAAAGAUGGAUGUAGUUUUUGCUUUCCUGUGGCUGCUAGCUGUGUUCCUAAAGGGCAUUCUCGGCCAGGGAGUGUACGCUCCUCCAACUGUUCGCAUCAUUCACUCUGGUCACGCAUGUAAUGUGGAGGAAGAGCGCUACACUGAGAGAGUGUAUACGAUCCGGGAGGGUGAGACGCUCGAGCUGGCCUGCCUGGUCUCAGGACAUCCACGACCACAGAUACGAUGGACCAAGACAGCGGGCAGUGCUGCAGAUCGCUUUCAUGAGUCCAGCGUGUUCAAUGAGACUCUGCGCAUUACUCACAUCCAGAGGCACCAUGGUGGCCGUUACUACUGCAAGGCAGAGAAUGGCCUUGGCACCCCUGCCAUUAAGUCCAUUCGAGUGGACGUCUAUUAUCUGGAUGACCCAGUGGUGACAGUACACCAAAGUGUGGGAGAGGCUAAGGAACAAUUCUACUAUGAAAGAACAGUUUUCCUACGGUGUGCUGCCAACUCCAACCCGCCAGUGCGUUACAGCUGGAAACGUGGACGCGAAUUUUUGUCCCAAGGUUCUGACAAGGGUGUGGAGAUCUAUGAACCUUUCUUCACACAGGGAGAAACAAAAAUCCUCAAGCUGAAAAACCUUCGACCUCAGGACUAUGCCAACUAUACCUGCACUGCUUCAGUGCGCAGUGUCUGUGGCAUCCCUGAUAAGAGUGUACUCUUUCAGCUCACCAACACAACAGCAUCUCCAAGUAUUAAGCUGCUAGUGGAGGAUCCCAUAGUGGCCAACCCAGGACAGACACUGACACUUGUGUGCAUAAGCACAGGUGGAGAGCCUAUGCCAGUCCUGACAUGGGUACGUCAUGGUGAGAAACUCCCUCAAAAUAGCCUUCUGAAUGGCGGCACUCUUACUAUACCUGCCAUCAGCACAGAAGAAACAGGCAUCUACAGUUGCGUUGCCAGCAACAAUGUGGGAAACCCAGCCAAGAAAUCCACCAACAUCAUUGUUAGAGCUCUGAGGAAAGGCCGUUUCUGGAUUACGCCUGACCCGUAUCACAAUGAUGACAACAUCCAAAUUGGUCGAGAAGUGAAGAUCUCAUGCCAGGUGGAGGCCACACCAGCUGAGGAGCUAAUAUUCAACUGGCUGAAGAAUGGACGAGCUCUGCGCAGCUCAGAGCGCAUGGUCAUCACCCAUACUGACCCUGACGUUGCACCAGGAACCACUAACCUGGACAUCAUUGACCUCAAGUUCACAGAUUUUGGCACCUACACUUGUGUGGCGUCACUCAAAAAUGGAGGCAUACCUGAGAUUAGCAUUGAUGUUAACAUCUCAUCCACCACAGUUCCCCCAAGCCUGACGGUCCCAAGAGGGAAGUCCCCAUUAGUGGUACAGGAAACUGAGACAGUGGAGUUGCAGUGUCUGGUGUCAGGCAAGCCCAAGCCCAUUAUUCUGUGGUCCCGUGCUGACAGGGAAACGGCCAUGCCAGAUGGAAGCAUGCAGAUGGAGAGUUACGAUGGCAUUCUGCGCAUUGUCAAUGUCUCACGUGACAUGAGUGGCACAUACCGCUGCCAGACCAGCCAAUACAACGGCUUCAACGUCAAACCCAGAGAGGCUGUAAUUGAGCUCAUUGUUCAAUAUCCCCCUGCAGUGGAGCCGAUGUACACUGAGCUACGCCAGGGCCUGGGCCGGGCAUUCACAAUGAAUUGCAGAGUACUGCGCGCACAUCCAUCUCGUGUGGUGAAAUAUGAGUGGAAGCUAGGUUCACGCCUCCUCACCAUGGGCCAGUUGGAUACACGUGAUGACACGGAGUACCAUGUCAAGGCACUGAACCGUGAGGGCUAUGGUGCCUACACCUGCGACAUCAGCAAUGAGGCUGGUGUUGGCCGCUGUACCUUUCUUGUCACUGGCAAGGCCUUCGCUCCAGAGUUCUACUAUGACACAUAUAGUGCACUCUGGCAGAACAAGCCCAGAGUGUAUGGUUUUAAACUCCAAUGGACACAGAUGAACCCCAAUGCAGUGGACCGCAUCAUGGCCUACCGGCUUGGUAUCAAACAGACAGGACAACAGAGAUGGUGGGAGCAGGAGAUCCCCAUGGAAGGGACCAUUCAGAAAGGUGAGCUCAUUACCUACAACCUGACUGAGCUUGUUAAACCCGAGGCCUACCAGGUGCGCCUCACCCCCAUCACCCGCUUUGGAGAAGGAGAUUCCACUGAGAGGAUCAUCCGCUAUAGUGCUCCUGUAAACCCUCAUUGGAGUAAAUUCCACUGUGGUUUUGAAGAAGAAGCUAUAUGCAUGUUCACCCAAGACAAGACAGAUGAAUUUGAUUGGACAAGACAUAGUGCUGCCAUCAGGGACACAAAGUAUACUCCCAAUACUGGACCCAGCAGUGACCGUAGUGGUUCAAAGCAAGGUUAUUACAUGUACAUUGAAACAUCACGCCCUCGUCAGGAAGGAGAUAAAGCACAAUUGUUGACCCCACUGUUCAGCGUUGUUCCAAAAAAAUCCUAUGGGAAUGUGGCCAAUAAUCCAACCUACUGCUUUAGCUUGUACUACCAUAUGUAUGGGAAACAUAUAGGCACACUGAAUGUGUAUUUAAGACAGAAGAGUCAGACUGGUGAGGACAGCCCUGUGUGGACCUUGAGUGGGAGCCAAGGAGACCGCUGGAAACAAGCUAGGGUAAACAUUCACCCUACAUCCUCCUUUCAGAUGAUUUUAGAAGGCAUUCGUGGUUCUGGCAUAGAAGGCGAUAUUGCUAUAGAUGAUGUUGCCAUCGAGGAGGGAGAAUGUCGAGACCCCCCUCCUAAUAGUAACCUUAGGUCCCUGGCCCCUUCUGCAGCAAAGCAUAUAUGGGAGUUGUGUAUUACUCUGCUCUUGGUCUUGGUUGGCCAACGGAGGUGACCAUGUUUUAGAAAGAUCCAUUCAGAUUCUUGCAUUUUGGGAAUUUUGACAGACCAGUACUGUCUGGAAACUACCAAAGAUCAAUCCAGUCUGUAAGAGAAAUCACAACUCAAAAUGUACAACCCAGGAGGUGUCAAUCAUUAAGUAACAACUGAUGAGCCAAUUACAGAAGACCAUGCAGGGUCAGGAUUCAAAAGCCUAUUACAUUUGCUGUAGUUCUUAAGGUGUGAAUUGCUGUGCCUGGAUUUUUUAACGACAAUUAAUUGAGACUGCAUGUGAGAAUUUUCUCAAAGCACAAAGACACAAUAUUUUCUUGAAGAUUUUACUUUAAGUGUCUCUUACUGUGUUUAUUUUAAAAGCCACUUUUUGCCAAUAUAUGAAACUCAUGGAUGAGAUAAAGCCCCUACUUAAUAGUGAUAACAAAAUCAAUGAUAGAAGUUAUAAUUUAUUUGUAAAUAAUCAUUUUCUUAUUAUUUAAUGUUUUAUUAUAAAUAGUCAAUUCAAUAGGAAUUCAGUCAAUUCAGAGGAACAUGUUUGAAAUUAUGUUUCCCCCACAUGUUUAACUAAAUUGUCGUGCCUGAAAUCUGUAGUCUUUUAAAAAAGAAGAUUGGGCUGAGUUGGGCUUAUCUCUUGAUGUUUUUUUGUUUUGUUUUGUUUUUCCCCCCUAAAUCUGGCUAUUCUGAGCAUUGGCUAGGACAUGGACUAUUUAUAAUACCAUUGCAAAACCAGAUACAAUCUCUGAAGUUUAACUUUUCCUGUUGUUUGCUAUUUUUACUCCAUUUGUUUCUUUACUAUAUUUGUUGUAUGGGUGUCAUCACUCAUAUUAGGUAUUUGUCCAAUAUAACACCCUUUCUCCGAGCAUCACUGAGUUGACUUUUUUAUUUUAGUAUGGCUCCAUAAACACAGGCCCUCUGCCCACUGAAUUACAAACUGUGCCAGUCUGAAGCUGUGCCAGUCUGCAACAGCAGUUGUUUUCUUGAGGUACAGUAGGAAAGCUGUCUUUUUCCAAGACCUUUCAUGAGGCUCCUUGACUGCUGGUGCCUGCAAUGGAAUCAAGUGCCUUCAGAACUUCGUGUAACAUCAUUCUGUUUAAAUACCUGCUGAGCGAUUGAUCUUCAUCAUACUUUAUAAAAACAAGACAAAGUGCAAAACUGUAAGAAGUGAGCAUGACAAAUGGCUUACCCCAGUACCACAUCCUGUCCCAUCAUAGCUUGUUAUUCACGUCAUAUGGUCAUUCUUUUCUUUGACAGCCAUUGCUUUAAGGCUUACAAUCUGUCAUGCUCUAAAUCUUACUGAGGUGGAGAAAUUGAGAUCCAUGAUAGAAUUAUUGGAGGACAAAGACCUUACACAAUGGACCUUACACAAUCAAGUAUGAAAUCCAGAGCCAGAUCUGUGUUCUAGGUAAAAAGAAAUACAGCUAGGAGGGUCACUGUGAAAUCCUUCUUCACUUCAAUGAGAGGCUUGUGCUGUUGAAGAUUUUUUUAAGGACUGAAUGAUACAAAGGCUGAUAUGUGUUUUAUCUAAACAUCUUAAUGAGCUGGGUCCAUCAACUUGGAUUCUUACAAAUGAUAUUUUACUAUCCUGCUGAUUUUACACAAACUGUUUAAAAAAAUUAUCUGAACUACCUAAGGCCAUCUGUUAUCUUAAUCAGCUGGUUUUUGGAAAUGUAUUGUUCCUAAGUUUUGUUUCUGGGGAAGUUUUGAUUUUCCUCCCUCCCUCAACAUGUUGUUUCAGGCAACAUUUUUCUUUGUUUUUAAAAUGUACAAGUCCCUCUUUAUUCUUGUAUUAUUCAAUAAAAUAUUAUAUGAAGCUAUAGUACUAUAUUAUGAAUAUAACAAUGUAAAUUUGAGAUUUAUAUUCAAAUAUAUUGGAUAGGACCUCCUGUCCAGAGGAUUUCACAUUUUUCAAUACUAUGAAAAAGCACAACAUGUAAUCACUGUCACAACACACUAAACACAGUACCUCCCACAAAUAAUAAGUUUUUUUCUUGAAUUUGAUUAAUGCCACAUUUGAUAGGAAGAAAUCCCCAAUAAUAUGAUAUUUUAAAUCUCUGAUCAAUAAAAAGAUUUCAUGGUAAUGAAUGGCCUCUUUUUGUUUUUUUAUGCUUAAUUUAUUUUCAUGAACAUUUAAUGGUUUUUCCACCAAGCUCUCACCCAAUGUGUUUUAAUGUCUGCUGUUUUAGAUGUCACUUACUUUCAUUAUGUUUUACAAAAUGUAUUAUGUGUACUAUACAUAAUGUAUGUGGUGAGCAGCAUUUGUUUUCAUAAGUAGUUGUCCUUAUAAGUAUUUAUUACAGUACAGGACCAAAAAACAAUCCUUGGUGAUUUGCCGUGUGGAAGUUUCUUUGCCUUCAUCUAAAAUCAUUGUUUUCUAUUUCCCCUUUCAGUUAUGAUCAGGAUUUCAGUAACAGGCACCUGUCUUGCAUCAGCACAUGUAUAUGUUGUUGUACUGGAGAGUAAGUCUAAUUUUUUAGGAAAAACAGUUGAAGCAGAAACCAGUACACUUUGUUGCUUUGGCCGAAUUUCAAUGGCGUGCUUCUGUUAAUUUCUGAUAUACCUAGAAGCAAAGGUGAAAGUAAGCCAGUACAGUCAUGUACGCUGUACCGGCAAGAGAUACUGCUAGUAUAGCGUACUAGCAAAAAAGUUUCAAUUUGUCAGGGGCAGACCGUUUUUAAAACGGGAACUGUUCUUUACAAUGGUAUAUUUAACCCUCAGGCCCAAUUUGCUACUAAAUGUACAAGCUCACAAACCUUGCAACCCAACUACAUUUAACAUUAACGCAUUGAUAGGCACAUUGAUAUGAUCCCAUCCUCCUUUUUACAUCCUGUCGCUCAGCCAGUCACUCAACUCCGGCCAAAAGAGU